UUUUUAACACCGUGCAAACCAGCUGGAAGUCAGCUGUACAUGAUGUUUCUGGCAGCUGUUUUUCCACAAUCACUUCUAGCAGAGGGGUCAUUCUUGGUUAAUGUUGUGUACGAUAAGUUAGUGAAAAGGCCAUACAAUGGGAUGUUGUUUUGAUUUCUUUGAAAACGUUUUAUCUUAUUGUUUGAUAUGCUUUAUUGCCUAAGAAAUUAAAAUGGCAGGUUUUAUUUAUUAUCGAGGUGUAAGAUGUGUUCAACACGAAGUGAAAAAAUUGACCCUAACCUCAACAAUUUCAUUUUUUAGAAAUAAUUCUUCUAAUCAGAACAAUGAGCCUUCAUUUGGAUUGCUGUUCGAUAUAGAUGGAGUCAUUGUCAGAGGGAAAAAAGUUAUUCCCAAUGUUCCCGAAACCUUCAAGAAGUUGGUGAACUCUGAAGGGAAAUUUCGUAUUCCUACAGUAUUUCUGACAAAUGCUGGCAAUGGCUUAACUCGAGAUAAGGCCCAACAGCUCAGUGAAUGGUUGAACAUUAAGGUAACGGAGGAACAUGUUGUUAUGGCACACAGUCCUCUCAAAGUCUUCAACGAGUACCAUGACAAGAAUGUGCUGGUGUCUGGCCAGGGGCCUAUCGAAGAAAUAUCCAGGAGAUUGGGCUUCAAGAGCAUUGUUACCAUCGAUGACGUAAGGAAGGCAUUUCCUUUGCUAGACGCUGUUGACCAUAAGAGGAGAGUCUCUCAGCCAGUAAGUCACGACCCCAACUUCUCAAGGAUCGAAGCAGUCGUGCUGUUUGGAGAGCCUGUGAGGUGGGAGACAGUGCUGCAGCUGUUAAUUGAUGUACUAAUGACAAACGGGGACCCCCGUACUGUCCCCGUGCACCACACGUACCCCCACAUCCCCGUGUUGGCGUGCAAUAUGGAUCUGCAAUGGAUGGCGGAAGCAAAUAUGCCUAGGUUUGGGCAUGGCGCUUUCUUGCUGUGUUUGGAAGAUCUCUAUAAAAAAAUCACCGGAAAAGAUUUAAUAUAUAAAGCUUUAAUUGGGAAGCCAAGUGAACUGACAUACAGAUAUGCUCAGAAAAUAAUUAUGGACCAAGCAAACAAAAUACAAAUAGGCAAUAGAAUAAAGCGUCUCUAUGCGAUUGGGGAUAAUUUAAAUACAGACAUUUUUGGCGCCAAUCUAUAUAAUGAGUGCCUUUCGUCUGGUAAAACUAAAGUGACUGCUGAUGCGAGCUUCAGGAUAGAAGAGGAAAACUGCAGUGUCUGUAAUUGCUACAGUGUUCUAGUCAAGACUGGUGUUUACUCACACGAACUUUCAAACAGUGAACUGGAUCAUUCACCACGUGAUUUUCUCAACUUUGGACAUCACUACCGACAACCUUCGUACACAGUUCAAGAUGUUAGUGAAGCGAUCGACAUGAUUUUUCAAUUGGAGGCUUACAAAUAAUUAUAAUUUUAAAUAAUUUCUUCAAAAGUAAAAGUAAAGGUAAAGGAUCUUAUUUUACCAGGCGAUUAGAGCUAAGAAACCCUCUCUGACUCUUAACCAAACCAAACAAACAAUGGUAUUGACAGUUUAAUCGUAGUGUGAGUUUAGAAGUAAUGUAAAUAUAUAAAGUUUAUGAUAGAAGUUACAGAAUCGUAAGAAGCAGAUGUGCUGAAAUCAAUCGCUCGUGAUUGAUUGUCAUUAAUUAAUCAAAGUAUAAUAAAUUGCAGAAGUUUUUAAAAUUGGUAUAGAUUAUAAAAAUGUUCACACGUGCUUCCAUACUUUUCUGUGAACAAGUAACUUUUAGAAAAAGACUAUAGAAACAUGUAAUUUUGUAUUAAGUUGUUCAAGCUUGCUCGUAGUCUCUGAGAUUAGAGAGGUUAGGUGGAACAGAGAAUUAUGAAAUGCGGCUAAAAAUCUGGUGAGGCUGGAAAAAGAUGAAUUUAUUAUUUAUAGCUUUUACACUAUCCCUUCUAAAAAUGCUUCUUAUCGAUAGCUAUACAGUUGACCUUCAUAAUCUCCCUAAUUUUUAUUAUUACUAUUUAACACUUUCAGGCCAACAGUCUAAUCUGCAACAAGUAUAACUAUCCAUACUCACGUGGAACUGAGAUUGUUAAAGACCUAAACCUCAUUACUUUCAUAGUUCACUUAAGUGACAUAAGAAAGUAAGGGAGCCAAUAAAUAUUGUUUGAGCAUUAACAAAGUCUACCACUCGAGGGGCUGGAAAAAUUUCACUUCUGUCAUUUGCCUGUUUAUGGGAUAUCUCGAGAAUAAAUUCACCUGCAGACUUAAAAUUUUGUCUGAAACUUUAUUUCUCCAUGGGCAAAAUGAUGAUAGUGGAUUUUCAUUAUUGGGAUUUGGCUGAGCACCGUUAAAACUGAGUUAGUAAGUCGGCUGGCACAAUCUCUCUUUUGUCUGCCUAGGGGAUGCAGAAAUUUUAUUUUCUGUAUGAUUGUCUGUCUGCAGGACACCUAAAGACUGAAAUGAGCUACAGACUUGAAAUUUUGCAUACAACCCAGCAAAAGGUCAUGUGGUGUAGGCUACCUUGUUAUUGCAGGAGAGGAUGUUGUAUUAAACCAAAAUUGUCUUGGAAGACAAAACAUAGAUCCAGCAGGGAUCACUUCUGGCUGGUUUAUACCUACCAGUUGAACCCACCACUAGGAACAGCAAAAACCGAUGUGCCACUUCAAUCUGGGCAACCUUAUGGAUAUCCAGUAGCAGCACAUCACUAA